AUGCGUCGUCGUCGAUUGUGUCCGUGAAGUGUUGGGCACAACGUCGGUGGUCACAGGAAAGAAACGUCGACGUUAUAACCCGUCCAUGCGCUUUCACUUUCUGUCUACUCGGUACUUUCCAGCAGAAAGUCGCUCUGUUUAGGAACCAUGGAAAGCUGGUUUGAGCUCCCUCUUGAUGGACCUGCACUUAACAUUGUGAGACAAUGUGGACCCGCUCUGGGUGAUGCUCUUUACAGCAAAUUUGGAUGUGUUGCCACCUUUGAUGGAGUGUCUUUUGACAGUAGUUCAAGCAGUGGACGUCAGAAAAAGCCACUUGUUGUCGAGGAGAAAAGGUUUUCAGUUGACCUGACUGGAGGGGUUAGGGUGUCUGUGUGGAGGGCUGAUCUCACAGAUUUUAAGGUGGACGCCGUUGUGAAUGCAGCCAAUAGCCAGCUCCAGCAUUAUGGUGGUCUUGCUCAAGCUCUCUCUGAGGCAGGCGGCCCUCAAAUUCAGCAAGAUAGUGAUGAUUACAUCAAAUCAAAUGGAGACUUAUCAACAGGACUUGCAACCCUGAGUGAUGCUGGGUCACUACCCUGCAAGAAGAUAAUUCAUGCUGUGGGUCCACAACUGUCCUCCCGUUUCUCUGAUGUUGCGAAGGCUGAACCCUUGUUAAGGAAGACCAUCUGGAGCAUUCUUGACAUAGUUAAGCAAUGCAGUAUUAAGACUGUUGCUAUUCCUGCUAUAAGCUCUGGACUGUUCAACUACCCCCUGGACCAGUGUGCAAUGACCAUCGUGUCAGCUGUGAAGGACUACUGUGAACGUCAGCUCACUAGAGGACACGUUCUGGAGAUCAUGCUUGUGAACCAUGAUGAGCCUACAGUCAGGGAAAUGGAGAGAGCCUGCCGUCAGAUACUAACCCCCCAAAUGUCCCCGUCAUACAGUCAGGCAGCAGGAGGCGGCAGAAAACAUUCUGCUAAAAGCUCAGCUCUUACUGUACAGAUUAGAAAUGUCCUUCUCACACUGAUGAAGGGUCACAUUGAGGAACAGCAGACAAAUGUGAUUGUAAACACGAUAUCACCUGAUGGAGACUUGAAGUUUGGUGCAAUCUCCAAGGCUUUAUUUACGAAAGCUGGUGGCAAAAUGCAAAGAGAAAUACCUAAACGCUUUCCAAUUGGAUGUAUCAUUACCACGAGUGGCUGCAAUCUUCAGUGUUUGGAGGUGUAUCAUACCUGUUGCUCUGAUAUGAAGAUCCCUCAGCAGAAGGCAUUACACAUCCUCUAUGUAUCGGUUUUGGAGUGUUUAAAAAGAGCCGUUUUUAACAGGCAUACGUCAAUCUCCUUUCCUGCCAUCGGCACUGGCCACCUUGGGUUGGGCAAGAAAGAUGUUGCCUUGAAUAUGUUCAAAGCGGUGGUCGACUUCAGCCAGGGGAGCCACGAAGAGAUUGCAGUCAAUUUUGUGAUCUAUCCCUCUGAUGCCGGCACAUAUGAGGCUUUUGAGACACAGAUGAAAUAUCUUCAGCACCAAACUGCUCAGUACAGCUUUGCACAUAGUAACAACAAAUCUGAUGCAUAUGAGAAAGAUGACGUCAGGCCCCCAAUUCCCAAGAUUGGCCUUAUUGCCCGCUCAGAUGAAGCAGCACGUGAGGCCACACAAUGGUUAAGGAACCUUCUCUUCGAACCUUGUCACCAAGUUCCUAUUUACAACAACUUCAUCCAGCACUUUGAUGAACAAGCAUACAACCGGCUGUCACGUCUCAGCCAAAAUGGAGUCUCUGUCCAGGAGUCCUUUGCAAAAGGCCGUGCGAGUAUAACUGUAAAGGGGCAUAAACAAGAAGAUGUAGUUGUUGCUGCGUUGCAGGUAGAAGCAAUGCUCUGCCACGUGCAGAAGGAGUUCAUAAGUGAGGAAAGGAGAAUGUUUCAAACGCUGUCCACUGACAAGAUUUUCCAUCAAAGAGAGGAGACAAGCUUUAAAAACACAGUGUUUACAGAUGUGCUGCGUGACUUCAAGAAAAACGGGCUGCAGGUGGUGAAGAUUGAACGAGUAAAGAACCCUGCACUAGAGAAGCUGUUUGAGCUCAAGAAAAAACAGAUCAAGUGCCCCAAACCUAAAAUAAUGAUUCAGCGUGUACCAGCCCAGUUCUGUGAGAUGGUCUGUGAUGUUGGAUUCCAUGCUGAGUGUGCACCACCUGAAGACCCAAAACUUGGAGAAGGAAUCUACUUUGCCCACAAAGUCGAUGCAGCCAUGAAAUUAUGGAAGAAACAAAACGAGGUGUACCUCUACUUCGUGGAGGCUGAGGUUCUGAGGGGAGACUCCACCCGCGGUAAACCAGGUCUCAUUCUACCACCUGCCUUAGAAAGUGAUCCCCAGUCUCUGUACGACAGUGUACACGGAGAUGAUGUUACUGUCAUAUUUAGUACUUACCAGGCUCUGCCCAAGCACAUUUUCACAUGCAAGAUGGAGAAGAAUGACAUCUUGUUUCCUAUGCGGGCUGACUUGAUGUGAUUCAUACAAAAAAGCUAAAGUGAUGCAAAAUACUGUACAAAUUAGCAGAAAAUUAUGGCUGUUUUCAUUAUAUGUUCACAGAGUAAUUUUGCUUGUCAGAUGAAGCUAUAUUUUGCAAAACUGCAGCUUGUAAAAAUCAUUAUUUCGAAUUUUUAUUUUUUACUAUAACACUGCAAAUCCUUCAUAUGUAAAGACCUGAAGAAUUGACUGGUCUCCUGUAACAGAACUAUCAGUAUGUUUAGUGACACCACAUAAUACAGUAUCUCACUACAGCAAUUAGAUUCACUGUUAAUUGUUUGCUGACAUAAGUGAUUUGGUUUUGUUUUGAGGAUACCUAUAAAAACACCUGAAUGUAAAAGAUACAUGUUUUUGUUCAGCAUAUAUUUCUUUUCUACUUGUCAUGAAGUUGUGGAAACCAUCAAUGACAAAAUGACACAAGAGUUUAAAUAAAACUAUGCGAAAAAAGUUGA